GUUUAACCAGAUUGGUUACAGCUAACCAAAACGACCAUGUAUUCUUCUAGUUGGAAUCAAGAGACUAAACUAAAAUUAAAUGACAAGGUUUCUGCCAGUGUAAACGAUAUGGGCUCACUUUUAAGGCAUGUUGUAAGAUCUUCCAAAUCGCCAGAGAUGCUGGGCCAAGCAGCCAGGAAUUUUUGUUCUCAAGAACACUACAUACAGAACUCCUCUGAGACUCUUAUGAAGAUGGGUUUGAUAAAAGCACAGUUUGAGUUCCAACAAUCGGCAAUUGAAAGAAGUGUGUCAAGUCUAGAAGAAAUUCAAGAUCAACUCAAGACAAUCCAAAGGUGAUGGAAACAAUGGAUGCUAUGACUGCGAUUUGUCAUCUGCCUCGCCAUUUAUGACGGAUGGAGUCUAUUUAUUCCAAAUUACAUGUGCAAUAAACUUUCUCAAACAGUCACAUUGGCAAAUGUCCACAAAUGCAGUAUGAAAUUUACACAAUAUAAUUUGUUUGCUUUUACCACAUUUUAAUUAGCAUGCUUAGUUUACUUAAGGCUUCUUUACAGGCCUAAUUCAUUUAUUGCAACUAAUCAUUUUGUGUUUCAAAAUAAUUGAGACUGGUGAAUGAGUUAUUACCAACUUAUUAGCCAACUACCAAAGUUUGUUAAUGCCCCCCCCCCCCCCCCCCCUUUAAAGAAGAGGGUGUAUAUUGUUUUGCUGGAUGUCAGUCGGUCUGCUGUCUGUCGGUAGACCAGUUUGUUUCCAAUCAAUAACUCAUCAACAAAUUGACAAAUUGGCUUGAUACUUCACAUGUGCAUUGGCCUUGGACAGUAGAUGACCCCUACAGAAAUUUGGGUCAUUAUGUCAAAGGUCAAGGUCACUGUCACACUCAGUGUGAAAAUUGUUUCCAAUAAACUCAUUGAUUGGCUUUAUACUUCACAUGUGCAUAGGCCUUGGACAGUAGAUGACCCCUAUUGAAAUUGGGGUCACUAGUUCAAAGCACUGUUUUGGGGGCAUAUGUCUCUGACCGCAGAACUCUUGUUUAAUUUUAGGACGGUGUGAAGACCGAUUUUUGUUAAGCUUAUUUACGGCGGAAAAAAUUAUGCACAAUUUCCUUGCUGUAAAGGUAUAUAUUUAUGAGUUUUAAAUUCCUCUCCGUAUGUACCAGUUAGCUUAAUUUUCUAUAAAAUGGACUUAAUUUGUGGAAAAUGUGACUAAGAUAGAAGCAUUUUCGUAUACUUGUAUGUUCCAAGUUUUUUUUCAGCUUACUAAGUUUGAGGGUAACACCAGUAAGCAUGUUAAGAACAUCAUUUUAUGAAUGUUUUAUAAAAACAGAUAAUAUGCACAUAUGAUGAGGCUUAUCAACAAACAUGUAAUGCCCCUUUUGUCUUAAAAUGUUUCCAUCUGAAGGACCAUGUCACCUUUUCCCCAAUUGUAAUGUCAAGUUCAGUCUACAAGAAAAUAUAUAUUUUUGGUCGAUUCUAUGUAUUUGUUUUUUGCAAAAUUAAAUGUUGGCAGAAGAGAUGUUAUAGUUACAAAAACGGUAAGUCCUAAUAAUGUAACUUAAAACAAAAAUGAGCAAUAAAUAAGUUAAAUAACACACCUAUAAUCUUUGGUUAUUGCUGAAAAUAGCACAAACACAAGUCAAAAAUAGAUUUUGCUAUGAUGAAAACUGUAGUUUUUUAAAUACUCAACAUGUGACAUUUUCCCCUUUUUCAUGUUUUGUCAUUUCCCUCUUUAUAUUAUAUCCUAUUUGUAACUUAUGUUUCAGUUUAUUUCAGCCAUCUGAAACAUGUGUUUUUGGUUACACUCUGCAUAGCACUGCAUAUGGCUUUAAGUUGUGCUUGGAAGGCUGAUACUAUUCCAUAUUUGUUAAAAUAUCUAGAAAUUCUGAAUGUGUGUUAUAAAUUCUUUCAAAAUUAACAAAAGAACAAGGCUACACUUUCUCAAAUUCAGAUGAUUCUUAAUAGGUACAAAAACAUUCAAGAACAUGUUUCAUUGUGCGUGGUUAGUUUUGAAGUGUCAGUUGAUGCCAUUAUUGCUAAUUUAAAAAGUUUGACAUAUUUUUUUGUAAAAGAAAUGGCUGGCAAAGCACUUUCACUUCAAAAACGAAUAACAACAUACAAUUUCAUUUAUGUAUCUCAUUUUUUGCUGACUAUUUGGCACCAUUGGCAUUACUUUCAAAAUCCUUUCACAAUCAAGAUCUUAACUUUUCAGAAAUUCACCCACUUCUUACAGCCACCAUUGACUUUUUUUCUACAGAAUUAAGAAUGGCAAAUCUGGUGAUAAUAUUGGUCAUGAGGGAUCAAAACUGGAUAAAAAACCUUUUUCAAAAUUCUGCAGGGCCAGUGUUUUGAGUGAAAAUAAGUCAGUAAACAACAUUACAACUGAGGCAAUUUUGCCAUAAGAAACUAAGACACAUAAACAGGCCAUUCUGAAUAAGCAUGUAAAUUGCUGGAAGCUCAUGUGGCCACAGCUGACUGCGAGAAGUAUUUAGCAAGCAAAACCUUAUAAAAAGAGCUCUCAUAAAUUCCAUACAAAUUGAAAACCUGGACAAUUAAAUGAUUUUUUCCUAUUGACAGCCCAGCAAUGAAACAGUUUGCUUUCUAAAUUUGGGCUGGCAUGGAGUCAUUUCAAAUGGUGAAAUUCUGUUAAACAUGUACAUGUAUGUUGUUCAGGAUACUUACAGAACGUUGAAUAUGUUAGUCCUUGUAUAUUAUGUUACUGUUUAUGUGCUGCAUGCAUUCUGUUAUGAACAUAAAUUUGAUGUUUGUAUUGUUUCGAUCAUCUGUCAUGUUGCUUGAACAUGUA